UAUCUUGGUGGCCAUGUUGUACGCCAUCUUUGCGGAGGCUACUUUCAGGAGAAGAUUGUCAUGAUUCGUUCGAAAUGCCGAAGGAUAAGCAUGAAAAUAAUGAUGUUCGAAGAACUUAUACUUUGAUGAGUCCCGAGGAUGUAGCUAACGGCAAAAAGUCGAAAUGGACAGAACUGGAAAUUACGGCUACGAUUCGUAAUUUGAGCCCGUCAUUAUGGCGGUUGGAUUUCUUAACUGCGUUGUUCUUAAACGACAAUCAUCUAACAAAGAUUCCUCCAGAAAUCUCCAAGCUUGCUCAGCUCAAGCACUUGGAUUUAUCAUCGAAUAAACUACGAAGUUUGCCCAGCGAACUUGGAGAUCUGGUCACAUUACGUGAGCUCCUUUUGUGCAACAAUAGUCUGAGGCUUUUACCUAACGAACUCGGAAAACUUUUCCAGUUACAAACCCUUGGAUUGCAAGGAAAUCCCUUACCACAGGAUGUUUUAACUAUAAAUGAGGAAAAAAAUGGAACAGCCAAACUUCUAGGCUAUAUGCUGGAUAAUUUAGCGGUUUGUUCUCGACCACCAGACAGGCAGUGGAUUUCACUACAACCAGACAGGCCUAGGAAUCCUGCAUUGACCUUCAGUGUCAUGUGCUAUAACGUCCUUUGUGACAAGUAUUGUACACGACAGAUAUAUGGCUAUUGUCCAUCUUGGGCCCUUGAUUGGGAGUACAGGAAAACAGCAAUCCUGAAAGAGAUUCUUCAUUAUGGUGCUGAUAUUCUAAGCUUACAGGAAAUUGAGACAGAGCAGUUCUAUAACUUUUUCCUUCCUGAGCUUCAACAGCAUGGCUAUAAUGGAAUUUUUAGUCCCAAGUCCAGAGCAAGAACAAUGACAGAAGAAGAUAGAAAAUAUGUGGAUGGCUGUGCCAUAUUUUUUAGGACCUCCAAAUUUAGCCUUGUCAAAGAGUACUUGAUUGAAUUCAAUCAGUUGGCAAUGCAAAAUGCUACAGAAGCAGAAGAUAUGCUGAAUAGAGUGAUGACAAAAGACAACAUUGGAAUCACAGCAUUACUUGAGCUCAAGGAGGGCUACCUUAAUUAUGGUAAUGAUGUGAACAUGCCGCGGCAGCAGGUGCUUGUGUCCAAUGUGCAUAUUCACUGGGAUCCAGAGUUCAAGGAUGUGAAGUUAAUUCAAUCAGUCAUGUUGAUGCAUGAGUUAAUGACCAUCAUGCAGGAGAUUAACCCUGGCUUUAUGGUACAGGGAGGUAAAAAUGGCACUGCACCAAGUAAGUCAAUCCCAUUAGUGUGCUGCGGUGAUCUUAACUCACUCCCUGAAUCAGGGGUAGUUGAGUUCCUGGACAAUGGGAGAGUCCGGAUUGACCAUGGUGACUUCUUGGACAUGAAAUAUGAUGGAUUUCUAUCACGCCUCAGCAAUGGCAAAAACGGAGAAAAGUGUGGAGACCUUACCCACUGCUUCAAGCUCCAACGGGCCUACUCUGAAGACCAGAUGUCUUACAGCAACCUUACGUAUUCAUUCACAGGUGUGAUUGAUUAUAUCCACUACACAUCUGACCUUCUCGUUCCACUUGGCGUACUCGGCUCUGUCAGUCAGGAUUACAUCAAAGGGAACAAAAUCAUCGGAUGGCCACACCCACAUUUCCCGUCAGACCACCAGUCACUGCUCGUGGAAUUCGAGGCUUUAAGCUUCAGCAAUGGGGUACCUGUUUAUGGGUACAUUCCAAGCUCUCACCAUCCCAGGUAGUGUUAGAUUCUCGCGUGAUAACAAUGUUGUAAAUUUGUAACAAAAGAGUUGUAAAGAGGCUGAGUUGAAGCAAGCCAUUUUUAAGGAUCUAGUCACUAGACGUGUUUUGUAUUCUACCAGGAAAAUGUUCACCGGCAUAUUUUCCCUUGAUUCAGUUUUAUAGACCUUUUUGACUUUUGUUUUGGUAAAAGGAGAAUGGGAGCUGCUUUAAAGUUUAAAUAGUUGGUUGCCAGAUAUAGUGCUGUACGUACAACUUCAGGUGUGAAGCAAUAUUGUUCGGCUUUAAUUUAAUUUAUCUAUUUCGACAGUAAUUUAUUGAGUUAGCCCAGUAGUGUUCAUUAUAAUAUAUUGCAAUUCAUUGUUAACUAUAAUAUGUGGCCUAAGCGUGAUAUUUAAUUUCUUUAACAAUUCGCAAUUCUUUUGCAAACCAUGGGCGGUCAAAACGUGCUGUAAGACGUAAAUGCCACACAAAUAGAGUUAUCCUCUAUAUAAGAGCUAUUUUAAAAAGAACUUGAAUUUAUCAAAAAAAAGGCAGGUAGUGAAAAUUAUAGUUUUCAUUCCCAUAUCCCAUCUUGUGUCUAGCCUUUAAUGGCAUUUUUCAAUGGAUGCAGAAAUUGUGCAACUUAUUUCAGACGAGCUCGUUCACUUACAAAAUGUUCGUAAUCUUCCACUUGUCGCUUAGAAUUGAACAGUCUUCGAUGCUGUUGUUGCAGUUGCAUUGUACUUGCACAUAAGACUAAAUUGACACGUAUAAGCGUCUUUGCUGUAUGUACACGACAUUGUACAAUAUCAUCUCAACAAAUACAUUCGUGAACUAUAUCUUAACCAACUUGCUAAAACACUUUCAUUUUCCUUUACCAGCAGCUUAACUCGACAUUUUAUUUUGGCGUUUUCAUUUUGUCUUCCUUCUGUUCUUGGAGAUUAAAUGUGUACUAUGCGUUGAAUAAUUUGGAAGGAGGUUGUGGGGGACUUAAACAAACUGUCUUGCAUUACCUCCCACUAUCUUCUCGAAAAUUGUCAUUUUUUUUCAAAGAUCCUAUUUCCGUUUUAGUGAAGAUCACAAUUUAUAUGAUUCUUUUAGUUUUGUUUUAGAUUUUAUUGUUUUGUGCUUUUUUCCCGAUUCUUUUUCUCUUCACCUAUAGUUCGGAAAUCAUCUGAAUAUGCAGCCACGAACUAUAUAAACGCCUCACACAAAAUGCUUCAGUUUACGUGCAAUACCUGCAUAAUCGAUUUUCAUUUGUAGAUCUUAGCAAGGUUUCAUGUACGAUACUGUGCAUGUAACAUAUUACAUAUAGAGCGUCAGGUUAUAUAAACCUUGUACAUAUUCUACCCAUGUGAAGCUUCAUCCAAUCAUCUUUCAGCUUUUGACAGAGCGAUUCACACACGAUUGACAUGUUGCGUGACGUGUGUAGAACCAUACAUGUCACGUAAAAAGAAGCAUUCUGGUAGCUUUCGGCAGAUUUGCACGAAAAGCUGAAAAGAGCUAAACGGUUCUGGAUUUGCUUUACAUGGUUGGAAUAAGUGUAUUAACAGUUUUUUUUUCUCCACGAAAGAGAAGGAAGGUUGUAUCGUAAAGCGUUUUCAUAGUAAUAUUUAUGUGUAGUAAACUAGAGUUUUAUUUAGAGUUGUUUAGUCAGUCAAUGCACUGAAAACAUACAUGCAACUUACUUAAGGCAACUGGUAUAAUUACCGCGAACGAAACCUCUUCAUAUCGAUCAACAAUUUCAAUUUCAUCACGUUGAUGACGCUUCUGUUUGCUCGUGGUCCAAGAACAAUCAGGUAACUCAGUUGUGGACUUCUUUUCUCCUUCUCAUUUGCCUUUCAAACGCAUGUUCACGUUUUCAGAUUUGAGUAAUCCGCCCUCUAGUGGCUGCCUGUUGUCGGAAAUUCUUUUAAUAACAGCUUUUAGAGCUCAAUUUAUUUUACAGUAUGGUGUAUUAUAAAAACGUGUGAUAAAUUACAGUCCCUUCAACGUUUGUUAUAUGUGUGGGUGUUCAUAACACCCCAUCAUUGUUACCUUAAAGGACCUGAAAUCAGUGUAUGGUAAAGUAUUACUAGUGGACGAAGGCAUAUAGAUUGUUAGUGAAGCGGAAUAAUAGAGUGGAAGGUGCUGAUUCUUCAGCACAGUUGGUGCAAGUUGAGUCCAACACUGGACCAUAUGGGAGACAGGAUGAAGUAUCCUGAGGGAUGAAAUGGUUAUUUGUAUUCAUCUGUUCUGGCUGGUCAAUGAGAGAUGUCUGUGUUGUUUCAUGACUAUUUUGUAAUGGUUUCUUUUAUCAUGUAAUGCAUUCAACUAAAACUUAGUUGUCAAUUUUCAACCCGCUUGGUUAUUUUAAUCUCCAGUGCAGCGGAGAUAAUGAAUAAUUGAUCUGUUUGGUUUGGUUAAAUCAUUAUGGCUAGCUAUUUAUAGCCGUGUAGAGGAAUUUAUCAAAAUUUCAGAUGUCAUUUCAUUUUGCAGUAUGUCAUCACAAUUACAAUGAAACAUCCAACCUUUUUCAAUGACCAGUAAAACAUUGGGAUCAUUAUUUUGUUUUACCUACACAAUUUUGCCAAAAAACGUUUUUGUUUUUCUCAUGAGUGACAAAAUUCGCACACUGUCAUUAGUAUUGCAGUAUAUUUUGUGCAGUUUUGGAGGGGGUGAACUUGAUUUUCAGCACGGUGGACUAUUUUUGAACGUGUUUCAUAGUGUGGUACGUACACUGGGUGGGGCUAACUUGGACUGGCUUUUUAUAUUCCAAAUAAAAGUGUGCGACUUUUGUUUUAUUAGUUUUACACUGUGCAGUUCUUGCUUUUUUUGAUCACCAUUUGUAGUUUACAGUGAGGUGGUAGGUUUGUAGACCGGUUACAAGGGUUAUUGUAGAUUGUAACUCGUACUUUUUAACAGAAACUGGCAUUUAUGAGAAAAACGGUAAACUACUGGAAUAAAAUCAGUGAACAAAG